AUGGGAGCUUGGAGAGCAACGUUUCUGUUCGUUGUAAUUAUCUCUUGCACCUUGGUAUUUUAUUUCAACCCGACCAAGUAUAUUCAGCUUAUACAUUACGACUCAUUAUCUGGAAUAACUUUGAAUAAAUUCCCUGGGAUAAGUUUUGAAAUAAAAAAUGAAUUGGCCACAAAAAAUUCAAGUCGGACAGCAGAGCUGAAAAUGAAAGUAGUGGCCGCCCUUACGACAACCCGUCCCCCUGGACCAUUGAGGGAAGAGUCCUGUGACAUUGAAACAGCUUUGCUCUUUUUAAGAAUGAAUAAAAAUUCAUCAAUCGAUAAUUACACCGACCCGCUUGCUAAUGUUAUUCCAAUUGGAGGAUCGAAUUGGUUGUUCAACAAAAAGGUCCCAUGUGUUUUAGAUCAAAAUAUUUUUAAUUCUACGAAUCAGGAGCAAUUUCAAACAUUCAUUGCUUGUUCAAAUGAGGCAGUGACAGUGAAAAAAAUCAAAAUAGAUUCAAACUCAAGCGCUCAGAUUUUCAAGUUCCCAGACGCUUGUCUCGGGAAAGUGAUUUCAACUUCUUGUGGAGAUGGUAAACGAGUCCCUAAUGUUGUUCAUUAUAUCUGGUUUGGAAACAUUGCUUUUGAUUUUAUCUAUUUUGUGAGUUUCUACAGUGUUCAUAAAUACCAAAAGCCGUGCUUAAUACUUCUUUAUUACGAGUUUCUACCCUCGGGCAAGUGGUGGAAUCUUCUUCGACAUAUAGUGCAUAAUAUAGUGUUGGUUCAAGUGACGCCUCCUACCUUUAUAUCUGGAAAAAAGAUCAAAUUUGUUCAACACAAAGCUGACAUCAUGCGACUUAUAAUAUUAAAAGAGUAUGGAGGCAUUUACAUGGACACUGAUGAGUAUUUCUUGAGACCAGGGGAUGAAUUGAGGAACUCGAAUUGCACAAUGGGUAAAGCACAUGAUAAAUCCAUUGGAAGUGCGCUGAUAUAUGCAGAAAAGGGUGCGUUAUUCAUUGAAAAAUGGAUCGAUAGUUAUAAAAACUAUGAUCCGUCAAAAUGGGGAGACAACUCUGUACUUAUGGCCGAAAAACUAGCCCGGAAGUUUCCUGAUCUCAUUCAUGUGUUCGAACACCAUUGUGCAUUCUAUCCACAUGGAUUACUUUUGUAUAACCAGAACUACAAAUGGUCGCAUAGCUAUGGGCUACAUAUCUAUAAAGGAGGACACAGACCAGAGCUUCAAAAAAUAAACUUUGAAACUGUGCGGAAUAUUAAUAAUACUAUCGGAGCGGUCUUCCGAUACAUACUAUUUGGAAGUAAGGAGCUGUGUUCUAGUUAGUGUAAAACAGACUUUAAACUUGUUAAGGUAAAGUGAAAUUUACAUGUAUGUCUGGAUUUUUUCUGCGAGGUGCUAUAUCAGGAUUUUGUUAUCAUGGGGUUUAUUUUAUUUAGAUUGUUGCUGUAUUAAGUUUAUAUAAUGAGAAUGAUUCGUAUUAGAUACAUGUAAACUUACAAAAAUGUAGUAUCUUUAAAAUGAAUGAAUAUUGACAUAACAUUAAAUAUCUUUGCCGUAUUAUGAAAUUAGUCUUAUAUCAAAAUUAGCCAUGUUUCGAAACAAAACGAAAUUCAGGCUAUUUCUGUCUGAUUCUGCUUUCCAUUGAAGAAAUCGGCAGGGCUAUAAUAACAAAUAUAAUUUUACUAGUUGCAAGGAAAUAUAGUUUUUCAUAGGUUUUUUAGAGAAAUCCUUCAGGUAAAAUGGAAAAUGUUUUUAGACAUCAUAUUUAGAAAUUAAAGGAUGGUUGACCUCGUAUAACUUGUUUUCUGAACAAUAAUUUAUUUACAAUACAUGCUUUCAUAUUAUCACCAUUAUUCAGAAAUCAGAUAAAAAAAUUAAUUAAUCGAGAAAAUUAGAACUUAUUUAAUAAGUAUUAUUUUCUGUGGUGCUCAAAGCCUGAUUCUUUGUAUCUAUGAAGCACUUCUGUCCAUUUCAAAUCUUAUUCUUCGAAGAUUAACUUUAUUACAACAUGAAGGAAAUUUCAAUUAUAGUUUUGAGGGACACUUUUUAAAUAUCAAAAGUAAUAGUGAAUGUCAUUGAAUACAAUAAUUAUAUCUUUUACCUAGUUUAUUGAAAAUUUCAUGCAAAGUUCUAUACAAUAUUAUAUAAUUGUGGUUUUUCAUUGUCAUCUAUGGAUUUUUCUUUUGCAUUCUGAUUAUAGAUCGAGUCCUUAAAGGGGCAUAACCACAAUUUUGGUUAAAAUUAUUUUUUUUCGAUUUUAUAUUCAAAAUGCUUCAGUAAAGCAUUUUUAACAGGCAACAAAAAUUUGAGUGUCAUUCGUCAAGCUAUAAGCAAUUUACAGAGUUUAAUGUUCUUUGCAAUGUAAGCAAAUCUUUUGUUUAUAUUUUGAAUGUAGCAUUAGAGGUUUCAGUUUUAUGCCUAAACUAAAUGUGUUAAAAGUUAACAACUGUUUAUUUAUGCUUAAAAUGAAUAAGAAGGUAGACAAAUCAGCUUGAAAAAGAUUUUUAACAGGUAAAUUGAACGUAUAUAUAUAUAUAUAAACAAAAACAGGACAUGAGCCUUGUUUUCAUUACAAAGAACUGUGAGCCAUGUAUCUUGCUUAUAACUCUACGACUGACUCUCAAAUUGAAAUGAAUGUCUAAAGCAUUGUAAAUAAUGAAAACAGAAAAAUACAAUUUGACCAAAAUCGUGACCAUGCCCCUUAAUUAAUGUCUACUAUCUCAAAACGACAAAAUUUCAUUAAAAUUAAUUUAUGUUCUUUCCUUUGUUAUCUGAUGAGAUAUCGAUAAAAAUUAACAAUCAAGUA